ACCUGUGGCUAAGAAGCUUGAGAAGAAACCCAACCUCACGGCCUUCCCUCCUAAGCUGGUGGUGGAGCAGUUGACCGUGAUGGAUGCGGAGCUCUUCCGGAAGGUGGUGCCCUCUGAGUGCCUGGGCUCCACCUGGGGCAAGAGGAAAAAGCCCAGCAAAGAGCACCUGGCACCCACCGUCCGGGCCACGAUCGACCACUUCAGAAGGGUGGCCAGCCUCGUCGUCACCACCUGCUUCGGGGACCCGAGCAUGAUGGCCCAGGACAGGGUGAGGGUGGUGGAGCGCUGGAUCCAGGUGGCCCAGGUCCUUCCUGCAGGGGCCCGCUGACUUUGACUCCAGGUCCCAGUGAGAGGAUGCUCACUUCCUACCUGGCUCCCUCCCUGGGGUGAGCUAAAAUCCUCCUCCUUGUGAGUGUUACUCUUUGGGUCCUAAACGUG